AUGAGAAAGAUCCAAAACAGCAUGAGAAAGAUCCAAAACAGCAUGAGAAAGAUCCAAAACAGCAUGAGAAAGAUCCAAAACAGCAUGAGAAAGAUCCAAAACAGCAUGAGAAAGAUCCAAAACAGCAUGAGAAAGAUCCAAAACAGCAUGAGAAAGAUCCAAAACAGUAUAAGAGAUACAAAACAGCAUGAGAAAGAUCCAAAACAGCAUGAGAAAGAUCCAAAACAGCAUGAGAAAGAUCCAAAACAGCAUGAGAAAGAUCCAAAACAGUAUGAGAAAGAUCCAAAACAGCAUGAGAAAGAUCCAAAACAGCAUGAGAAAGAUCCAAAACAGCAUGAGAAAGAUCCAAAACAGCAUGAGAAAGAUCCAAAACAGCAUGAGAAAGAUCCAAACAAGAUACAAAAACAGCAUGAGAAAGAUCCAAAACAGCAUGAGAAAGAUCCAAAACAGCAUGAGAAAGAUCCAAAACAGCAUGAGAAAGAUCCAAAACAGCAUGAGAAAGAUCCAAAACAGCAUGAGAAAGAUCCAAAACAGCAUGAGAAAGAUCCAAAACAGCAUGAGAAAGAUUCAAAACAGCAUGAGAAAGGUCCAAAACAGCAUGAGAAAGAUCCAAAACAGCAUGAGAAAGAUCCAAAACAGCAUGAGAAAGAUCCAAAACAGCAUGAGAAAGAUACAAAACAGCAUGAGAAAGAUCCAAAACAGCAUGAGAAAGAUACAAAACAGCAUGAGAAAGAUCCAAAACAGCAUGAGAAAGAUCCAAAACAGCAUGAGAAAGAUCCAAAACAGCAUGAGAAAGAUCCAAAACAGUAUAAGAAAGAUACAAAACAGCAUGAGAAAGAUCCAAAACAGCAUGAGAAAGAUCCAAACAGCAUGAGAAAGAUCCAAAACAGUAUGAGAAAGAUCCAAAACAGCAUGAGAAAGAUCCAAAACAGUAUAAGAGAUACAAAACAGCAUGAGAAAGAUCCAAAACAGCAUGAGAAAGAUCCAAACAGCAUGAGAAAGAUCCAAAACAGUAUAAGAGAUACAAAACCGCAUAAGAGACACAAAAAAGCAUGGGAAAGAUACUAA